AUGGCUCCCCGCGAUACUGGAUCAGAGCCCAAGCGGCGCGUCUUCCGUAACGUCUACUCUUCGCGCAAAGAGCUACCGGUGCUCCGCAUCGACGCGGCUUCCCUGAUGUCUUGUGGUCACGCACUCCUUGCCAUCAACGUUAACGGCACCACCGGACUCUUCUUCACGCCCGCCCAAUGCGGCCAGUGGCAGAUCGUCCAAGGCGUCCUCCUCCAGCUCAUCGUCACCACCGUCGAUGUCAUUCUUAUCACACGCGUCUUGGCGCUAUACAACAGGAACCGCAUUUUGGUUUACUCGCUCGGCGCGCUCUUCUUGGCCGAGCUCGCGUCGCUCUGCUACAUCCUCGCAUCCCCCAUCUUCCAGUACUUCUGGAUCAUCUCGCUUGCGUUCGAGACCGUCCUCUUCGUGCUCACCAUCGGAAAGUUCAUCGACGCCGUCCGCCAAGGCUGGGGCAAAGGCCCCGUCAUGCAGCGGUUCGUCGCCGACGAUCUUCAUCGUCAUGCUCGUCAACAUGAUGCUCUACAAGCCCAUGUCGUCCUCUCCUUCGCUGGAUCGCGCCUCAUCUUCAACCCGCGCCGCGCGUCGACGAUCCACUCCUCCUCCGGCGACAUCACCUGCAGCCAGCUCGACAUCGAGCCCUCGCGCCUCUCGCGCCUCUCCGCGCCGCCCGCGCACGGCAUCGCGGUCACGAUCGAGCGCACGACGACGACGGACAACUUGAGGCGCACAUCAGCCUGGACUGCGUUCAGGUAG